CUGCUUUGCAAACCCGCGAAAUGGUCAGACAUUGCGAUCUUCUGAUUAGGCAACUAUGUCGCGCAUGCUGCAAUCAAAACUGUUCCAGGGCAGCGCCCAGUGGCCACAGUCUUCAUGGUCAUUUCGGCUUUGCUCUUCCCAACAACUGGGGUAGUCAGCAGCAUCUUAGCUUUACGAAAUCUUCCCAUCCUGGCAAAGACUAGUUUGAGGACUGCUGCAAGGGCCGGAGCAUUGUGCACGGUGGUGUAUGAGUCGGCUUCAGGGAGAGAAUCAGGUUACUGUAAGCACAUUGCGAGACCCCAUGGCCGACAUACUAAAGCAACGAGUCCCCGAAAUCGAUCCGCAAGCACGACUCAUUCAUGGCAAGUACAGCGAGCUACCGCCGGGAUUCGUCCUUGUGCAAGUGCCAUACAGGGCGAAAUUCGCCAACACCCGGAGCCCGAGAAGCAACACUGGUAUCAAGAACUUCGCAAGAUGUUUGAAUCCUUGUUCGAGCCUAGUAAACGUUCGCAUGCCGAUGCGACGUUCGUUGUGAGCAACUACAGUCUCGUCAAGAUACUUGCUGCUGUUGGGCAAAGUUUGUAUGGGAUUGCAACGCUGUACGACACCAGAGGUGAUCAGCUUAACCGCUAUGGGUAUUCAGCCUUCGGUCUUACGGUGAUCCCCUAUGCAUAUAUAUCUUUGGUUAACCUAGUCGCAAACCUAUUAUGUCCAGAAUAUCCUGCCAUGUACCUGGUAGAGUCCCAAGCCAUGCGAGAUGCCAUGGAGAUUUCGGACAAGAGGGAGGAACUCGAGCUUGCUUCGUUCAGUGUUGCGGCAGGGAGUCAACAUAAUCCUGGAAGUCGACCCUGUCCAGGGAGGCAAUCUGAUUCGGCGAGCCGAUCUAAUCUAUGGAAUCCACCUGGUACAACAACUCAACCUGAUGUAGUGAGUCAACCUGGUCCAGGAAUUCAAGUUCCUUCUACAGCGCAAAACGUCGCUGCACCACUUGGGGAGCAAAGUGCCAACAGAAAUAUAGUAGGGCAGGUGCAGGCACACUCAGCAGAACAUCAGCAAUCCAGUCAACAGGCACAAGGAAGCCAUACUCUUGCGUUAACUGAGGUGGAUGCUACUAAUGUUGCUCGCUUAGUUCCUUCAAAGCAAAGACGUUUCACUGGCGUGGUCGGAGCACUCGAUGAUGAAUGGGUUCUUGAGUGGCAUAGGCGUCACGAGGAGCUCUCUGUCCCAUUGCUAACUAGGCCGGUUUGGGCUCAUGGCGACAUCGAGGCAUAUAAAAAUGGGCAAAAAGAAUGGCCUGACCUUUGGGCUUAUGUCGACUGGUAUUUGUUGAAUACCACCAUCUUGCCCCUUAACUUGCUCCUCGGAAAGCGGCAAUUCACUAGCGACAAAAAUCACGAACACCUCCAAGGACAGCUUGCCACUGCUGCACAACGUCGAACAAAGCUUUAAAAUGUUGGGCUAGCAAUGAGAGCAGGACCAUUAGUUUUCCUAGCAUUGAGCUUGUGGGUUUUGCGGGUGGGCGGUUUGUUAGUGCCGCUGGCUAUCAACGGAUCCUUGUCCUCGUUCCACCAAGGCCCAAUGAGCAGUCAUGCGCAAAGGACCUGGACCAUGACAUGGCUCGCUUUCGGUAUUGCCGCUGGCUGGGUGAUAGGGAUGCAACGUCAAGUCUUGCUUAUAUCACGACACAACCCUCUCCGAGUUCUACUCUUCGGGACAACGCUCACUACGCCCGCUAGUAUUGGUGGUAUGGUCGUGGUUGCACAAAUGAUUCUCGAAUACGGUGUUUGCAUGGAAAUCACAU